CUCCUACAUACGUGGGAGGGCCGUGCUGGAGGACAGUGCUGCUGAGGUUCCAGAGGCAAGCUUCCAGAGACAGCCCGAGGUAUGUGGGGAGGCAGAGUUCGCGCUGGAUUCCGUUUCUGUGAUCCCGACACAAUGGGGAAACAUCUGGGCAGAUGCUGGUUGGCCAUCGUCUGUGUCCUGCUGUUCAGCCAGCUCUCGGCAGUCAAGGCGAGAGGCAUAAAGCACAGAAUCAAGUGGAACAGGAAAGCCUUGCCCAGCACCUCCCAGGUCACGGAGGCGCACACGGCUGAGAUCCGCCCCGGGGCGUUCAUCAGGCAAGGCCGGAAGCUGGAUAUCGACCUGGGAGCCGAGGCCAACAGGUACUACGAAGCCAACUACUGGCAGUUCCCCGACGGGGUCCACUACAACGGCUGCUCGGAGGCCAACGUGACCAAGGAGAAGUUUGUGAGCGGCUGCAUCAAUGCCACGCAGGCGGCCAACCCAGAGGAGCUGUCCCGUGAGAAACAGGACAACAAGCUGUACCAGCGGGUCCUGUGGCGGCUGAUCAGGGAGCUCUGUUCAGUCAAGCACUGCGAUUUUUGGUUGGAGAGGGGCGCGGGACUUCGGGUCCGCGUCGACCUGCCCAUGCUGCUCUGCCUGCUGGUUUUCAUUUGGUUGAUCGUGAAAUAAGUUUGCAGGCGGGCCGGCGGCCACAGGGAUGAGAGGGUGAGCCAUCGGCUGGCGUGGCCCAGUUCUCCCCCAGGCCCCGGCCCCCCGCGUGUCCCAAAGGUACCAAAGAGCCGUGAUUCUCCAGUGCCUCAAGGCGCACUGGCGAGUCUCCCCUGGGGUACCUAACUGUAUCGGCUGAAUAAUGUGUGGGUACCGAGCCCCUGCAGGCUCUCCCGAUGGCGGCGUGGCACACACUGCCUUCUAGCCUCCCCCGGAGACGUCUGGCACGGCGCGUUCUGCGAUAAAUAAUAAACAAAUGUUCGGCCAACAGAGAAGAGAACGCACCAGGGACCGGGCCACACGCUUCCCGGUAUCCCCAACCCCUCCUAGAGACAGGGGUUCUUCCCACUGUGUAGACAAGGAAACUGAGGCUCCAAGAGGUGAGGUGGCUAGAAAGUAGCAGAACCGGAAUGCAAGCCUGGCUUGUCCAACCCCAGAUCUUCCAUUCUGUGCAAUCCCAGAGCUGCCUUGUGAGUCCUUUUGGGCUUGCCAGGCCCAAAUCCAAACCCAGAUUUCUGCCUGAGCUGAUGGCCAUGGAUCCUGAUACCUUGUUCCAGGCAGGUUGUAUUUAAUUCUUCUAAUGAAACUAAGAUCCAAGAAAGGGAUUAAAUGAUCAUAGAAGUAGAGAAAGACAAAGGCCCAGAAAUCACGGCAUAAGGCGAUCUUGCCAGGUCGAAUUCCCAGAGCAGACCAUUUCCACCGCAGGAUGUGUGUAGGGCACAAAGAUUUUCUUUCACCAGAAGGUUAAGUGUUCACUCUUCCUCUCUUUGAAAUAUCACCUGGAUUUGAGAAAAUAUUUUUAAAUGACACAUUUGCUUUGUAAUGUUCCCUUAGUGCUAGGUGCAUCUUUUUACGUACAUGCAUAUGAGAAUCUUUAACUAUACUCCCUUUACACGGGUACGGUGGCCAAUCUCCAGCUGUUCUUUUAACCACCAUGUUGGGGUGGGGCUGUCAUUUCUGUGAAUCACUUAUCACUAUAAAAGAAUAAUUCCUUGCCAAAAAGUUUCAAAAGAAACCGUGUCGUUAGGGAGACCAAACAAAGAAUUAACUCAUACCAUAAGCAAGGGUAGAUAUGGCACUUAAUAUCUACCUCUUAUUAAUUAAAUAUAUGUUAUAAAAUAUGAUUACGGCUUAAAUACAAAUAAUGAAUCUAAUGCUUUAAGAUGUCCCCACAGGUCCUCUGGGAUACUCUUAGAGACCCCCAGGAAUUGUUGAACCAUAUUUGGAUGCACUAGCUGCUGACUUUUAUCAAUUCUCCUUUAAAGAGAGUCUGUAAGGGGGUGGGGGAAUGUACAUUCUUAGACAGUUUAUCCUAAGUAUUUUAAAACAUGAAUGUUGAUAAUGGUACCUCUUGUUCUGAGCCCCCACUGUUAUCAGCAUUCUUUUCAAGGAUACUUUUGGAAGGUUCUAACAGAGAAAGCCAGUGAAGGACUUGGGGGCAGGGCAGCCCAGGGUAACGGCCUUCCUUGAGGAGCCUGGGGGCCACCCUGCACUGGAUCAGUGCUGGAGGAGGAUGGGAUGGAGGAUGCCAGAAGGUCUUAAUCCUCAGGCUGCCAGCACUGCCCUCACCUUCCACUUCCAUGGUCCUGCUGAAUUCUUGAGCAGAGCCCAGGAUAAAAGUACAGACCCGGUAGAGGUUAUUUCUUGCAUGUCAGUCUUUUAUUUUUAUUUUUUGAACAAUAGCAAUAGCUAGAAAGACUGGGGGAGAAAGAAAGAAAGAAAAGAAAGGAAAGGAAAGGAAGGAAGGAAGGAAGGAAGGAAGGAAGGAAGGAAGGAAGGAAGGAAGAAAGGAAGAAAGGAAGGAAGAAAGGAAGAAAGGAAGAAAGGAAGAAAGGAAGAAAGGAAGAAACUACUUGAAAGCUGAUGUUGAAAUUUCAGUCCAGCUCUGCUGAGUUUAACCAAAAGGGCACACACAGCCACAUAAGCAAAAUGACUUCAUUUCUUAGGCAAACAGGCCAUGAUAUAGUACAUUUUCUAUAAUUGCUGUCUUUUCUCAUUUCAUUAACAGUUCCAGAAACCAGAUUUAAGUGGGGUGUGAAGGACAUUUGUAUAUGGUGAUUCAAAUGCCAAAUUAAUCACGAAACUUUAACUGAGACUACACAUGCUUGAGCAUCCUUGAAGCUGUUUACAGAUUAUGAGGUCCAGGGGAGGCUGUGUGAGUCUGGUUUUUCACGUUAGCCAAAGGUGGCCAAGCGCCUACUAUGUGCAGGACAUCGUGAGGGACGUCUGAAUUAUUCUUGAUAUGGACGUUUUAAAGGUGAAUAACUUCACCAACCCUUGCUUUCUUGUCCCCUCCAAGUGUUGACUUUUCAAAAUGUGUUCAUUAUAAAAGUGACAUUCAAAUUACAAUAGAAAUCCAGAAUACCACACGUUGCCCCUCAUCCCAGUAUCUGAUCAAGUCAGAGUUUUCAGUCUGCCCUCUUAACUUCCUAGGCCUUCUCCAUUUGCAUAUACAAAUGUACAUAUUUGCAAUAGUACUAUAGAUGGGCUUUUAUAUUCCAAAUAUUCUCUUUAUUUUAUAGAAUUUUAUUCGAUGCUUUUUUCAUUUUUCUGUGAUGUUUUAGUUCUUGCCUCCCCCAACCCACCCCCUCCUUCCUGCCUGAUCUGUAGCCUCCCCGUUUUCACUGUGCUUAGGUAUAUAAGGGAGGGUUUCUUUUUUUUAAAAAUGUGAUUGCUUCUUUUAAAAAUACCGUAAUUGUACACAUCACAUUUAUCCCUCAGCAAUUUGCCUCUGUAACUUAAUGCUGCAUCAUGAAACUCUUUCCAGCUCAACAGUUAGCUGGGUAGCUAACUUGUCCUUUCAGAUUGCUGUGUAAUUAAUACUCCAUAGUCCAGAUGGACCCUGGUUGAUUCCGUUGCUUCCUGUUGAUGGACCUUCAGGUAGCCUCAGUUUUUUGACACUACAAACAAUAAACAUCCAUAUAC